CUCAAGGCCAUGCUCUUCCCCGCGGACGACGCGCUGCUCACCUCCGACUCCGCCGGCGCGGGCGUGAGCAUGAUGCUGAACCCGAACGCGGACCUGGAGGACGCCAAGGGGUACUGGAACUGGCUACGCGCCAACAUGGUGGACGGGCUCUACUCGGAGCAGGAGAUGAGCGACGCGCGUGAGCUCAAGGACGUGAAUGGCCGCAAGAUGGGCAAGAGUGAGGACGCGGCGGCGAAUCUGAGGGGGGGGAGGAAGAUGCGGUUCGGGAAGGCCAACGCGCAGAUUAACGACCCUGAGAUUUUCAAAGGGAAGUUUCUGAUCGUUCAUGGUGUGGACGCUCUGCAGUCGCCGUACUGACCCGCCUGCCGGAAUCAAAGCCGAAAAUUGGAAUAUAAUCGCGCGAGACGGGAUUCGUGAGAUUCGCGAGAUUUUCUCCAACUAUUGUGUUUUCCUUGGUGCUCGCAUGUGUCUAGAUUACGCGUUCCUGGGUAGAGCUAUCUGUACUGGACUGGGUGGAGCAACGCAU